ACGGCAGGAGGGGAGUGAAUGAGUGCUGCACGAAUGGCAAAAAUGCGCUGAACGUGCGGCGGAGAUGUACUUUUUAGAUGCGUGUGCCACUGAGAGGACGUGCGACUUUCAGCUCCCAAUGUACUUUAGUAUUGCGUCCAUAGAAGUGGUUGGUCCUGCUUUAUUUCGUAACUUUUGAUGCUGAAUGAAAGGUGGCGGCGGCGGCGGUGGCAGCAGCAGCAGCAGCAGCAGCAGCAGCAUAUCAGGACGCACCAGGACCAGGACCAGGCGCGCGCGGCAGGACGCGCGGCGCGCCUUCACCGGGACGCAGAAGAAGUGCGAGAAGAGGCUAAUUGUGGAUAGAAUAUCUUAAAGGCUUGUUGAGUCUUUUUUAUUUUUUUCCACCACCGCCGCCCCCCUCCUCUUUUUGGCCAGAUGACAUUGAUGCUUUUUGUUUGGGGAGAAGGCUCUUGGAUGCGUGCCUUUUUGUCUUUGCACCUAUGAAACUCUUGUGCAGGAUGUUACAGUCCAAGCGGCCCAGGCAUGAUUGGGCCAGUGCGCACUUUAAUCACCAAAUAUCGCCACACUCCCGUUGUGUCUAAUAGGGCUGGCUCAUCCACAGGGGAUUCUAGUACUUUUGGUGAACAUUGACAUUGGCUUCUACCGCUCUCCUAUCUGGGCUACUAUGCAAUUAAAAGUGAUCUCCUUUGUCGUGAUCAUCUUGCACUGCAUGGAUUACACUGGAUGCCAGCAGUACAGCACCUCCAGGCACUGGCAACAUAAACAGAUCUCUGGAGUGAGUUCAGGUUGCCAGCAGGGGGGCUGUCUCACCUGCUCGGACUACAAUGGCUGCCUGUCCUGCAAGCCGCGCUUCUUUAUGCAUUUGGAGAGGAUUGGGAUGAAGCAGAUCGGGGUGUGCAUGACUUCCUGUCCUCCGGGCUUUUACGGCACUCGCUCGCGAGAAAGAAACACGUGCACAAAGUGCAGUCCCGAGUGCGAGUCCUGCUUCAACAAGAAAUUCUGCAUGCGCUGCCGGACAGGCUUCUACCUUCACCGGGGCGAUUGCCGAGAGAGCUGCCCCGACGCCAUGCUCCGCAGCGAUACAAAGAGGGAGUGCGUUCCCAUUGCAGAGUGCCCGGCAGAGUGCGAGUUCUGCGCAAACGGCGGCGACACGUGCGCAAGGUGCCGGCCGGGCCUCUACCAGCUCAACGGAAGCUGCCACCGCGUGUGUCCGGAUGACUACCAAGCCAACGACAAAGUCAUGGAGUGCGCGCCGCGAGCGCACUGCCAGGUGUCGGCGUGGAGCGAGUGGAGUCCCUGCUCUCGCUCAGGUAGAACCUGCGGCUUCAAGCGGGGACGGGAGACGCGCGCUCGCCAGGUCCUGCGCUACCCGUCGCCUUUGGGCAGACCCUGUCCCCAGAUCUCGGAGAUCAGAGACUGCGUUGUCAUCAGGAGAACGUGUCCGGGACGGAGGCCAAAUGAUCGAAAGCAACGGAGGAAUCGUAACAAGAACAAGGAGGUGAGAAGGGAGAAGAAAGGAGAGCGCGAGAGCGCUGGAGACGCGGGGGAGCGUCAAGAGGACAGGAACAAAACAGAGCAUAGGCGUCGGCGAGGUCGUGACCCGGAUCCUUUCUCCCCCGGGGAGGGCCUUGUACAGUAGCUAGCUAGCUAGCUAGCUAGCCAGCCGGCUAGCUAGCCGGCCGUGGACAUGUUUAAGGCUAGCACCCCCUGAACCUUCUUCUCCUCAUUGGCCCUCCCUCCCUGUCAACUGUAUGCUGGUGUCGCUGCUACCUGUACCAUUUGAAUAAACUGUUGAUGCACAAGCGGGAUUGGGCCAGG